AUGUCCGUCUAUCUGCCCGAGAAGGACUAUGCUCUACCUAACCUCGACCUGCUGUCUCUCCUCUUCGACAGUCCCCUGUCCUUGACCAAAGAAGACACCGUCGUCCAUGCAGAAGCAGCAGAUCCCUCCAACAGCAUCACCAAGUCUCAGGCCCGUGCUUAUACGAAACGUAUAGCAUACCACCUCCGUCAAUCCUUUGGCAUCGGGGCAAACGGUUCUGGCAAAGAUGUCGUUGUCUGUAUCUCAUCGGGCCAGAUACUCCUGCCAACGGUCUUCUGGGCUGUAAUCGCUGCUGGUGGCGUCUAUUCUGCUGCAUCCUCCGCCUUCACUGCUGCUGAAUUAGCACGCCAAGUUCGGCAAGGCUCCUCCACCCUGCUGAUAGCCAGCAAUGACUGCCGUGCCGUGGCCCUUGCCACCGCGAAAGAAUGCUCCAUCCCACCAUCUCGCGUGCUCAUACUCGAAUCCAUGUCACACGCCCGCGUACUUCAGCCAGCCGCUCCAUCAUCACCCAAUUUCCUCUCUGGUCCCGGCAAAGCCCAUGAGAGCCUCGACUGGCAACGCAUCACUGACCCAACCUCACUCGAGAACAGCCUGAUCUGCCUCCUCUACUCUUCUGGGACAACAGGUCCUCCCAAGGGCGUCAACCUGUCACACCUCAACCUCGUCUCCGAGGGCCUCAUCCCGCAACUUCAAUUCCGCGACUACCUCGCACGACGCCAAGCCACCGACCCAUCCUACACCUUCACGUACCGCACCAUAGCACACCUGCCCGCCGCACACAUCGCCGGCUGUCAAGGCUACUUCGUCAACCCCAUGAUCGCGGGCGGCACCGUCUUCUGGAUGCCCAAGUUCGACUUCCCCCAGUUCCUCGAACACAACAAGCGCCACCAGGUAACCACCUUCUUCACCGUCCCGCCAAUCUACCUCCUCAUCGCCAAGAGCCCGCUCGUGACCGACCAGUUCCGCACCGUGGAGCACUGCAUCACCGGCGCGGCGCCCAUGGGGCCGGAACUCAUGCGCCUGGCGCAGCAGAAGCUGGGCUGCUCCAUCUCGCAGACGUGGGGGCUGAGCGAGACGACGGGCAGCGUCACCGUGAUGCCGUGGGACCGGCACGACGAGACAGGGAGCGUGAGUCCGCUGAUGCCGAACUGUCGGCUGAGAAUCUUGGAUGAGGAGGAGGCGGAUGUGCUGGAAGGGAGGGAGGGCGAGUUGUGCGUGCAGGGCCCGAAUGUCACCAAAGGGUACUAUGGGAAUGAGGCGGCGACGAGGGACGCGUUUACAAGGGAUGGGGCCUGGUUCAAGACGGGCGAUAUUGGCGUGAGGAGGGAUGGCAUGUUCUAUGUCGUGGAUCGCAAAAAGGAACUCAUCAAAUACAAAGGCCUCCAAGUCGCGCCCGCGGAGCUCGAAGCCCUGCUGCUCUCGCACGACCGGAUCCUCGACGCCGCCGUCAUCGGCGUGCCCGACCCGGACGGCAGCGGGAACGAGCUGCCGCGCGCGUACAUCGUGGCGGACAAGGCGAAGAUUGGCGAGGAAGAAGUCAAGGCGUUUGUCAAGGCGAAUCUGGCGCGGCAUAAGCAGUUGAGGGGCGGCGUCGUGUAUCUGGAAGCGAUUCCUAAGUCGCCCAGCGGGAAGAUCCUGAGGAGGGAAUUGCGGGAGUUGGUGAAGAGAGAGGGGAGGAGCGCGAAGCUGUGA